CUAGUGCCGGCUGUAUCCCACACAAGGCCAUGGCCCCUCUCCUCACUACAAAAGGAGUUAGGAGUUCCUGUGAACCUUAAGUCAGUUCCCCAGCUACUACGGCAGAGAUGAGGUCGCUAUGGUUAUUGGUUGUGGUGGUCGCUCUUGUGGCUGGAGACAAGGAUUCGGACGCAGGGAACAACAACGCUGCUCAGAAGGUCGACUCGGGCAGCGAUACAGCGGGACAAACACGUAGCUCUACAGGCAACAGUGGUGCCCGUAGCGGCCCUGGUGACGCAAGGAUCCUGGGUCUGAACAAUGUCAUCGGAAUUGGACAAGCUCUCUUAGGUGGACUUCUCGGGAAUUCCGGACGGCCUGGCAGACAACCAGGUUUUGGUUCUGGCAGACCUACGUUUGGCUCUGGUUUUGGUGGUCAACCUGGUUUUGGUGGUCAACCUGGUUUUGGUGGUCAACCUGGUUUUGGUGGACAACCUGGUUUUGGUGGUCAACCUGGUUUUGGGUUUGGUGGUCAACCUGGUUUUAGUGGACAACCAGGUUUUGGUGGACAGCCUGGUUUUGGUGGACAGCCUGGUUUUGGUGGACAACCAGGUUUUAGUGGACAGCCUGGUUUUGGUGGACAGUCUGGUUUUGGUGGACAGCCUGGUUUUGGUGGACAGCCUGGUUUUGGUGGACAGCCUGGUUUUGGUGGACAGCCUGGUUUUGGGUUUGGUGGACAACAGGGUUUCGGUGGUAACAGCUUCAACCAAUUUGGCGGCUUUAAUAACCACUUUGGGGGGAAAAGGGGACAAUGCCCGCCGGUGCGUCCAGUGUGUACUCACAACAGGAGCCUCGGGCCCCCAUCGCCCUGUAAAAGCGACUUCGUCUGCAGUGGCGCCGACAAGUGCUGCUUUGACAAGUGCCUUCAGGAGAAAGUAUGUAAAGCUCCAUCAGGGUUCGGCCGCUAGAAGACUCUGCUUCCCUCAGUACCUACCUCCUUAUACUGACAUCUCUUCGUCUACAAGAUCUCUCAAGUAAUUUAAUUGUAUAUAAUUACUUUUAUAUGUACUGUUGUCCUAUAACUUAUUUGUAUUUUAAUUUAUAAUAUUAACUGAAUGAAAACGAUAGGUAUUUUG